CAUCUGCUGUUGCUUGGACCCCUGAAAGGGGUAGAAAGAAAGAGGACUAGUCAGUUAGCUACGUAAUAAUGCUACUGGUAAUACAAGGUUGGGCAGUGACAUUCUCUGAUGAUGGAUGUGAAAGAAAGAACGAGAAUUCAAACAGCCCAUAUCACGAUUUCUGCAACCAACAUGGUGUCUAGCAUCUUCUCAUCAUUCACACUCUUUCUUUUUCUUAGUUCUUGGAUGUGCUCGGCCAGGGAUAACACGACAUUGCCCACUACUCCACUCAGGGAUGAAAUGGGAGAUACUCUUGUUUCUUCUGGAGAAAGAUUUGAACUUGGAUUCUUUACUCCUUGUGGGAGAAAUGAAGGCAAGAAAUACCUAGGCAUCUGGUAUUACAGAUACAACCCUCAAACUGUUGUGUGGGUUGCUAACCGUGAAAAUCCACUUGAUAAUUCCAGGGGAGUUUUUUCCCUCGGACAAGACGGAAACCUCCAGGUGAUGGAUGUAAAUGGAACAUCUUACUGGUCCGCAAGGAUAGAAUCAACAUCAUCUUCAUUUUCUUUGAAGCUCAUGGAUUCCGGGAACUUAGUCUUGAUCCAAGAAGCUGCAAAUGGUUCAGCAAUAUUGUGGCAAAGCUUUGAUUAUCCAACUGACACAUUUCUUCCAGGAAUGAAGAUAGACAAGAACUUUAUGUUGACUUCUUGGAAGAGUUCCAUUGACCCAGCACCAGGAGACUUCAAAUUUCAGCUGGAUGAAAGAGAAAACCAGUACAUCAUCAUGAAGAACGGAUCAAUUCCGUACUGGAAAAGUGGAGUUUCUGGAAGUUUUGUAAGAUCCGACGAAAGGCUCUGGCUUGUUUCUAACUUGCUCAUGAAUUCCAGCAGGAAACCAAGCAGUCCUCUUGGGAACACAACAACUACAAAGGAAAGUCCUUAUGAUAGAAUAAAUUCAACAGCUGUGAAUUAUAAGAAUACAAGACUGGUGGUGAAUUUCGAUGGGCAGAUACAGGUUUUCCUCUGGAGAAAUGCGAAUUGGACUUUGAUCUGGCGGGAACCAAGUGAUCGAUGCAGUGUAUUUGAUGCUUGUGGGACUUUUGGCAUCUGCAAUAGUCAAAAUAGGAUUCCUUGCAAGUGUUUGCCAGGAUUUCAGCCCAGGUCUCCCGAUAAUUGGAAAUUAGAAAACUUUGCAGAGGGGUGUGAAAGAAUGUCACCUUUAUGCAGCAACGAUGUGGCUCCGAAGUUCCUGGAGUUAAAAUCGAUGAAAGCAGGAAAGCCUGAUGCUGAACCUGACUACUCAGAUGAAAAUGACUGUAUGAACAAGUGCCUUAGCAAAUGCAACUGCCAGGCAUAUUCUUAUCACAAGGCUGAAAAUGGGGAUAAUAAUUUUACAUGCUGGACUUGGUUUAAGGAUCUCAACAACAUUCAGGAGCAGUAUGACAGGGGUCGUGACUUCAAUGUCCGUGUGCCACUUUCAGCUAUAGCAUCGGUGACAAGAAAAUGUGAGAUGUGCGGCACUACCGUAAUCCCCUACCCGCUAAGCACUGGACCAAACUGUGGCGAUCAAAUGUACUUCAGGUUCCACUGUGAUGAUUCCAGUAGCCAGCUUAUGUUUGAGGUACCUGGUGGUGCCUACUAUCGUGUAACUGGCAUUGAUGAAGAGUUCCAAAAGUUUUCAAUACAUGUUGAAGAUGCAAGUUGUAAAGCUAUCGAGUUGAUGGGAAACUAUACGCAGAGCAUCCAGUCCUGGCCAUUUCAUGUAAUUGGAAGAUGCGACGCUAACCGUAGUAAUAGUAGAAUAGGUUCAUCAUUUGAAGAUACAGGAUUUGCUGAAGUUGAAAUCGGGUGGACUGAUCCAUCUGAACCACUCUGUUACUCACUCGAUGAAUGCAAUGACUGGCGACAUUCAACCUGCAGUUUUGCAAGAGAUGGGAAGAAAAGGUGCCUUUGCAAUAAAUCCUUUCGGUGGGAUCCCAAAACGGUCAAUUGCAUUUCAGCAUCGGUGAAAAGAAAAUGUGAGAUGUGCGGCACUACCGUAAUCCCCUACCCGCUAAGCACUGGACCAAACUGUGGCGAUCAAAUGUACUUCAGGUUCCACUGUGAUGAUUCCAGUAGCCAGCUUAUGUUUGAGGUACCUGGUGGUGCCUACUAUCGUGUAACUGGCAUUGAUGAAGAGUUCCAAAAGUUUUCAAUACAUGUUGAAGAUGCAAAUUGUAAAGCUAUCGAGUCGAUGGGAAACUAUAAGCAGCAGCGCAACCAGUCCUCGCCAUUUUAUGUAAUUGGAAGAUGCGACGCUAACCGUAGUAAUAUUAUAUUAGGUUCUUCAUUUGAAGAUACAGGAUUUGUUGAAGUUGAAAUCGGGUGGAUUCAACCAUCUGAACCACUCUGUAACUCACUCGAUGAAUGCAAUGACUUGCCACAUUCAACCUGCAGUCCCGCAAGAGAUGGGAUGAAAAGGUGCCUUUGCAAUAAAUCCUUUUGGUGGGAUCCCAAAACGGUCAAUUGCAUUUCAGCAUCUACAAAGAAAAGGAGGUCAUUAUAUCUAGUUUUACUUGGAGUUGUUGCAGCUUCUGUAAUCAUCCUAUGUGCUUCCUUCUUUCUGUAUCAUAUGCGAAGAUCAACGAAGGUUACUGGUCGAGAAAACAGAGAAAGCAUCCAGGGAAAUGUAGCAUUUCACUUGAAUGACACUGAGAGACGAUCCAGGGAUUUGAUAUCUGCUGACCAUUUCACCGUAGAUGAUAAGAAAGGCAUAGAUGUACCGAUUUUUGACAUGGAAUGCAUACUAGCUGCUACAGAUAACUUCUCGGGUGCAAACAAGCUAGGACAAGGGGGUUUUGGGCCUGUUUACAAGGGAAAGUUACCGGGAGGCCAAGAGAUAGCUAUAAAAAGACUUUCUUAUGGUUCAGGGCAAGGCUUGGAGGAAUUCAAGAAUGAAAUUACAUUGAUCGUCAAACUUCAACAUCGUAAUCUUGUUAGACUUUUGGGAUACUGUGAAGAAGGACGUGAGAAAAUGUUGGCCUAUGAAUACAUGCCAAACAAAAGCUUGGAUGUGUUCAUAUUUGAUCGGACGCUGUGCGUGUUAUUAAAUUGGGAACUGCGCUUUAACAUUAUCAUGGGAAUCGCUCGAGGACUGCUUUAUCUUCACCGCGAUUCAAGGCUGAAGAUCAUUCACAGAGACUUGAAAACAAGCAAUGUCCUCUUAGAUGAGGAGAUGAACCCCAAAAUUUCUGAUUUCGGCUUGGCAAGGAUCUUAAGAGGCAAACAAACAGAAGGAAACACACAGAGAGUUGUUGGGACUUACGGCUACAUGGCACCGGAGUAUGCAAUGGAUGGGGAUUUCUCAACGAAGUCUGAUGUCUUUAGCUUCGGUGUGAUUGUACUUGAAAUUCUCAGUGGAAAAAGAAAUGCGGCAUUUUACAAGUCUGAUCAAAAUUUUAGCCUCUCAGCUUAUGCAUGGAAGUUGUGGAAAGAGGAAAAGGUACUGGAUUUGAUGGACCGAGCAUUAUGCGAUACUUGUGACGCAAAUGAAUUUGUGAGGUGUGUGAAUGUUGGCCUCUUAUGUGUGCAAGAACAUCAAUGGGAUCGUCCCACCAUGUCAAACGUAGUUUUCAUGCUUGAAAGUGACACUGCAUCUCUACCAACUCCUAAGAAACCAGCAUUUGCAGCAAGCAGAUCCCUCUUCAACACUGCUUCUUCUUCUAGCAAAGCAGAUUCAUACGUCGAUUUAACAAAUACGUUAGAGCAAGGAAGAUAAUUGGGGGAAGGGGUUAGAAAAUGUUGCUCUCCCUUUAUAUCAAUCUAGCAGGGUUUGUCGUACUUUCCAAUAUAAAUCUGCUGUUUUUGUCUAUCUUGUCCCAUUAACUCAGAGCCAUUCAUUGUCUUAAAAGUUUGUCAUUCAUUCUGAUCAAAUAAUUUGUAUUGAGAUUACAUAAAAGCCAGAAUAAUGUUUUGUAUGUGUACUUGACAGUAACAGGCAUGAAAGAGUGACAUUGGAAGCAA